AUGACUUCGUUCACAACGACAACAGACGAAGGUGAACACGUCAAGCGUCCGAUGAACGCGUUCAUGGUCUGGUCUCGAGGCCAACGUCGCAAGAUGGCUCAGCAGAACCCGAAGAUGCACAAUUCAGAGAUUUCGAAGCGGCUCGGAAGCGAGUGGCGGGCCCUCUCAGAGGCUGAGAAAAGACCCUUCAUCGAUGAGGCUAAACGACUUCGCUCUAUCCACAUGGUGCAACAUCCGGAUUACAAGUACCGACCGCGCAGAAGACCGAAACCCAACCAGACUUCCGCGAAUGGAGGUCAACCUGCGCACAACGCCGCAUCUUCACCCCCCGCAUCUACCCCCCCGAUGCCGCCCUCGAGCUUCGACUCGAAACCUCUGGGACUCAUUCCCUCGAACGGACUUCCUCCGCAUCCUCUGCUCAUGGAAAUGAUUCUCGGAAAAAGCGCAUUCGGGGUUUACGGUAUGGAUGCUCUGCCCACGCCUCCCCCUUGUCAGAAGAUGGAGACCGUCUCGGUCGGAGCCGAGACGGCUGUCAACCUGGCCACCGGACCGAAGAACAAAGGCGAAAUCCUUCGCCCAUGGCUAAUGGCCGAUGACGCAGCGAAGAUGAGGCAACAGGCGGUGGCACCCUUGAAUUUCUCCAGAGUCCCGUAUUGCAGUGUCGUGCAUCCUCUCCAUGCCGUCCUAAGCGGUGAUCGGAAGUUCCCCUUUUUCUGA